AUGCAGUCAUUUGAUAUUGAAUCUUUGAUUGGUACUGGUAGGGAGAGUAAUGGCUUCGCCGGAAUAUCUGAAAAAAUACCAGAAACGGAAACUGUUAAGGAAUUAACUGCUACUAAAGCUAUUACUAUUAAUGAACUUUCGGCUAUUACCAGUAUCACAAAAGUAAACACAUCAUCAACAAGUUCAAAUUUCGAUCGAAAUCUGAUAAAAUCUGAAUUCCUAUGCGAUUCAGCGUCAUCUCGGCUACAUCCAGGAACAUCAUCAACUACAUCCACAACUAAAACAACGAAUUUGGAAUCAAAAUGUCUAGGUACCGCUUUUCAUGCUUAUCCUUGCGUAUCCGGUAGCAAAUCUCAAUCCCACUGUGCACCAUCAUCUCCAUCGGUGUCAGGUUAG